AUGGUGGACUACUAUCUAGUCCUGGAAAUAAGUAAAAAUGCUACAAAUAAUGAUAUAAAAAAAGCUUAUAGAAAGUUAGCUUUAAAAUGGCACCCAGAUAAAAAUCCAGAUAAUCAGGAUGAAGCAAAUCGAAAGUUUAAAGAGAUCUCAGAAGCUUAUGAAGUUCUUUCUGACGCGAAAAAACGAAGAAUAUAUGAUGAAUAUGGCGUCGAAGGUUUAAGUUCCAACGGAAGGGGUUCAUCUAGACGGGAACACGAUUUUAUGGAUCCGUUUGGAGGUUUCGAAGGAUUCAGUUUCACCUUUAGAGAUCCUGAAGAAGUUUUUAGAGAAGUGUUUGAAGGAUCUUCAAUCCACGAUUUAUUAUUCGUUAAAUUUUUUCAAACAGGAUUUCAUGGUAACAGAGGUAGAUCAGGUCACAGAUCUGGGUCUAGAAAUUCCUACCCAGACCAAAGUAUUUCAAAUUUUAGUCCUUUUAGUUUUGGCUUUAACUUAGAUCAGUUUACCAAUGGCGGGUUCACAAGUUUCCGUUCGUUCAGUCCGAGCGUACGCAGAAAUAAUCCGAACGUUCGAUCAACUUCCAUUUCUACAAGAUUCAUUGAUGGAAAAAAAAUAACAACCAAAAAAAUAAUUGAAAACGGCCAAGAAACCAUCAUGACUUACGAAAAUGACGUUUUAACAUCAAAAUCAAUUAACGGAGUGCAGCAAUCCAUUACAAUGCAUUAG